ACAUCACAUACCACACCCUUGUUUUGUCCGAUGAGUGUUAGUUGAGGAAAGCGAUUACGUAGGACAACCAAGUCUUCCAUUACCACUCAAGUACUCUUCCAAGUUCCAUCUGAUCGAAGAAGACCAUAAUUUCUAACCCUUUAAAAAUCUCUACUUUCGGGAUCUUUCUCCAUUUCUGAUGGCUUCUUCUGCUUCCUCCAGUACAAUCGCUUCUCCGGCGACAAAUAACAGCAGGUACGACGUUUUCAUAAGUUUUAGAGGCGAAGAUACUCGCUUCUCCUUUACCGAUCAUCUCUACGAGGCGUUAGUGGGAGCAGGAAUUAGAACAUUCCGGGACGAUGAUUCAAUCAGCAGAGUUGCAGAUCUGAAACCCGAAAUAGAAAGAGCAAUCACAGCAUCUAGGGCUUCAAUAGUUGUAUUGUCAAAAAAUUAUGCAAAUUCAACUUCGUGCCUUGACGAGCUUGUGUUGAUCAUGGAACGAAGAAAGACCUUUUAUCAUAUAGUUAUCCCUGUUUUUUAUCAUGUUGAUCCCUCCCAUGUUAGAGAACAAGAAAAUAGUUUUGCCUUAAAAGUCAACACCCAUGUCGAAGGGUUCCAAAUUAAGGUGGAACGGUGGAAGGCAGCCCUUACAGAGGUUGCUAAUUUGGAGGGCAAGGUUCUUACUGGGCCUGAAACGAAGUUUAUAGCAGAUAUUGUUAGCACAAUUGGCCAUAAGCUACGUCUCAAAUUAGUUUCUACUCCACCACAUCUAACAGGAAUGGACACACGAGCUGAAGCUAUAAAUUUUUGGGUGAAAGAUAAACAAGAUGCUGAAGUUCUUACAAUUUGUGGCAUGGCAGGAAGUGGAAAGACAACACUGGCCAAAUAUAUAUACGAAUCCAACUUGUUAAAGUUUGAAAGCAGUAGUUUCCUUGAAGACAUUGGAAAGAUCUGUGAACAACCUUAUGGUUUAUGUGCACUACAAGAACAACUUCUUGCAGAUAUUUUGGAGGAGAAGAAAAAAGAACUCGAUGUUACUCGGUAUAAAAGUCAGAUUGAAAACGUGUUACAAAAGAAACGAGUGCUUAUUGUUCUUGAUGACAUUGACAAAAAGGAACAACUAGAAGCUUUACUUGGAUCUGAAAAGAUUAAUACAGAAAGCAAGAUUAUUAUCACAAGUAGGCUUCCAACUAUACAAACAUGGUUUAUGUCUACAUAUUUAAAGUGUAAAGAGCAUAAACUCAAGUUAUUAAACGAACAUGAAUCAUUAGAGCUUUUAAGUUGGUAUGCUUUUGGAUCCAAAAUCCCCAUGGAAGGAUUCAAGGAGCUUGCAUCAAAAGCAGCAGAAUAUUGUUCAGGAAAUCCAUUGGCUCUUAAACUACUCGGUUCUUUAUUUGUUAGUUCUAAAGAUCCAAGAAAAAGAAAUAACAUAGAUUUUUGGAUAAGUACAUUGAAUUUGUUGGAAAGAGAUCCUGAUUAUAGAAUACAAGGGAUACUCAGAAUGAGCUAUGAGUAUUUGCCAUUUUUGACUUACAGAGAGUUGUUUUUGCAUAUUGCUUGUUUCUUUAUUGGUGAAGAUGAAGAUUAUGUGGUGAAGAUAUUAGAGCCUGAUUAUUGUGCAACAGCUGGGAUUGUAACUUUAAUUAAAAGAUGUCUUCUUACUGUUUCACCAAGUAAGAAAUUGAUGAUGCAUGGAUUGUUCAUAGAUAUGGCUAGAAGAAUGGUGCUUGAUGAAUCACCUUUAAAUCCUGCAAAAAGGAGUAGAAUUUGGUGUAAUGAUGAAUCUUAUACUUUGUUAAGACAAGGAAAGGGUUCAGAAACUAUAGAAGGUUUAGCACUUGACAUGCGACUAGUGAGAGAAGAGAAGGAUACCAUGCCAGUAGCAUUUGAGGCAGAUUCACUUGCAAAAAUGGAUAAUCUAAAGUUGCUUCAGCUCAAUUAUGUGGAAUUAAGUGGAUCAUAUGAUGAUUUUCCAGAAGAUUUAAGAUGGUUAUGUUGGCAUGGAUUUCAAUUAGGGACAAUUCCUUCUGAUUUCUUCAUGGGAAAUUUGGUUGCCAUAGACAUGAGUUACAGCAGAUUGCAGCUCUUUGAACCACCCAUGGUAAUUAAACCAUUGAAGAUUCUAAACUUCAAAGACUCACAUAGUCUCCUCAAAAUCUGCAACAUCUCCAGACUUCCUAAUCUUGAGACUUUGAUUCUUUGGAACUGUUACAGUUUAGUUCAUGUUUGUGACACCAUUGAAGACUUAAAAAGUCUUUCUCGUUUAAACAUCACAGGAUGUGAACAUCUCUUAAGAGGCUCAAAUCUUAAGUUUCCACAUUCAUUAGAGCGAAUAUGGCUUAAAAAUUGCAACCUUGAGCUUAAUGAUUACUCAAUUUUGAGCUUCCAAAUCCACUCAGUGUUGCAGUAUUUUGCAUUUAGGGAAUAA